CUGUUAUGUAGCACGCAGAAUGUAUCACGUAGAUGCCGGCUUAUUACUUCCUCCAUAACUACAGGCUGCUGCUCGGAGGAGACGUAGAUCUCCGCGGAUAAUUCUUUCACUGGUGCUUCCAGCUAACGACACCUUAAAGCAGGCGAGAUGUCUUCUUAUGAGGAGAGUGAGUCCAAAUUCUGGCGAAAGGCAAAGGAGAAUCCAUUUGUCCCAGUCGGGAUGGCUGGAUUUGUUGCUAUUGUUGGCUACAGGCUGAUGAAAAUGAAAAGUCGUGGAGAUACAAAAAUGUCGGUGCACCUGAUUCACAUGCGUGUAGCUGCCCAAGGCUUUGUGGUGGGAGCAAUGACUGUUGGUGUCCUGUUCUCCAUGUACAGAGAUUACUUUGCAAAGCCUAUUGAACAAGAACAGAAAGCAACCCAACCCAAGUGAACAUGGCCUCUUGGACUCAUAUUUUAUGUCCCUUAGUAUUGCCUCAUAUUAAGGUGUGCACAAGAUUUGUUUCACAGAUGUCCUGACGAGAAGAAAAUCUAUAUAGCCAUUAUGUUGAAACUGUGUGGAGAAAAAGGCUUUCAUUCUGUAGCUUUUAUGCAGUUUCAUUGUCAUGGUGAAGUUCUUUUAUUUAUUUUUUCACUUCAAUUUAGCACUGGCUUCCGUGGAACAGCUAUACACUGUGUAGCAGCCUUGUGUUUAAAUAGUUGCCUUGUGAAGUUAUUCUCUAAGCUAAGUUGUACACAAGUACAGGAUGUCAUUUUAGAGCUGUUGUUUUUUUAAGUGUUAAAGAAAAAAGGUUUUUUUUGUGUAUGGAUUUUGGUACCUUGAUGUGUUUUGACUGUUAAAUGUUGUCUUUGUGCCAUUAUAUUGUUAUUGAUCACCCAUCUUCUGGGUUGUGUAGUACACCUACAGCAGCUAAAACCCUUACAGUUAACAGGAAAGGCUCACAACACUGUAAACUAAUGAACUCAGCAGCAUGAAAGGACAGACUCUACAGUGAUCAUAAAGUUCUCCCCAAGUUUGAACCACAAUAUAACAUUGCAGCUUUUUGUUGUUAGGGUCUUUUUUUAAGCUUCUCACUGAUGACACACAUUCUAACAGGUAAUCUUCUAACCCUUUCCAAUUCUACCAAAUAAAGCUUCUUUUCUUUGCUCAGUCA